UGAGAAAAUAAAAUUACCUUAUGUAGACUUGUGUUGUAAAUGUAAUGUAUCUGAAACAACAGUAGCCGUCGAAGUCCUAAACCCUGCUUCUUUCUUUACUCUGCAACUUUCUCUUCACGAUGGCAGGGGCAGCCAAAACCCUAACGAAUCUUUGCCCCUCUUUUCCAUUCACAACCAAACCCCAAAACCCACUCACCACACACCACUCUUUCCCUUCCACUCGCCUCCGCCACCGCGCCAUUUCCGCGGUUGCCAACCCGGUCCAACCUCCACUCACCACCACCGAGGGUCAGUACCGAGUCGACGUGCUCUCGGAAUCGCUCCCCUUCAUCCAGAAAUUCCGCGGCAAAACCAUCGUCGUCAAGUACGGCGGCGCCGCCAUGAAGUCCCCGGAGCUCCAGGCCUCCGUCAUCAACGACCUCGUCCUCCUCUCCUGCGUCGGUCUACGCCCCGUUCUCGUCCACGGCGGUGGCCCCGAGAUCAACUCCUGGCUCGGCCGCCUCAACAUCCCCGCCGUCUUCCGCGACGGCCUCCGCGUCACGGACGCCGACACCAUGGAGAUUGUCUCCAUGGUCCUCGUCGGAAAAGUCAACAAAACCCUAGUUUCUCUAAUUAACAAGGCCGGCGCCACCGCUGUCGGCCUCUCCGGCAUGGACGGCCGCCUCCUCACCGCCCGCCCCGCCCCCAAGGCUGCCGCCCUCGGCUUCGUCGGCGAGGUCGCACGCGUCGACCCCACUGUCCUCCGCUCCCUCAUCGACACCAACCACAUCCCCGUCGUCACCUCCGUCGCCGCCGACGAGUCCGGACAGCCCUACAACAUCAACGCCGACACCGUCGCCGGCGAAUUGGCCGCGGCGCUCGGCGCUGAAAAGCUGAUUCUGCUGACCGAUGUAGCGGGAAUAUUGGAAGAUCGUAACGACCCUGACAGCUUGGUUAAGAAGAUUGACAUAAAAGGAGUUAAGAAAAUGAUGGAAGAUGAAAAAGUUGGCGGUGGAAUGAUACCUAAGGUUAAUUGUUGCGUGAGAUCGCUGGCGCAAGGGGUUACUACAGCGAGUAUUAUUGAUGGUAGGGUUCCGCACUCUUUGUUGCUAGAGAUUUUGACUGAUGAAGGUGCUGGAACUAUGAUAACUGGAUGAGUUUAUUUAUCGUGUUUGUGGUCCUUUCUUUUCAAGCACGUAUGCACUACAUUGAGUUGAGGUUGCAUUGCAGCGCUUGUUUUGUUAGAUUGGUGAUUGCUUUAAGUGCGUGUAAUGUGAGAGAUGGUUUAAUUGAAAUGAAGGUAGCUGAUAUUUAAAAAAAAAAAAUGUAGCGUAAAGAUUCAUUAGCCUGGUUAUGUAAACCAAUAUUUCAGAGAUUUCUUGUAUUACUUCCAAGAGACAAGAAAAUUGGGUUAGUGGAUUCCGAAAGAAAUGUUGAAGAAGCAAGAAAUUAAUGAAUUCUGCAAAUUUUGAUGACGAA